AUGCUUUCAGAGGUGGCGUCCACUUGGGGCAUCUGCCUGAUGCUUAACUCUGGGGAACUGAAUCGGUUGGGAGCUGAGGAAGCUGCCCUCUCGGAGGUGAGAAGACCUGACCGCAGCAUGAUCAGUAUGGAAUUAACACUGGUUGAUGAGCAUAUUAUGGCAUUAAGACUGAAGCAUGCUGCUGGCUUUGUGCCUCUUAUUACUGUGUAUGCUCCUAUCGAUGUUUGUAAACUCGGUGAGAAAGAAGCGUUCUAUGCCAAACUCACAUCUGUGGCAGACAAACGUCCCCAGCAAGACAUUCCCAUUGUACUGGGUGACUACAAUGCAGUAUCCAACUGUGAUCAAGCUGGCUAUGAGAUGUCUACUGGUCCCAAUCGUCCCAGAGACCGAGGAUUUCUGGCUGUCCAGUGCCCCGACCCGCAUCACUGGACAUGGCAUAGUUAUAUGGGCACUGUGGCCAAAGGGAUUGACUACAUUCAUGUGAGCACUUGCUGGAGGAUCCUCCAGAACUUCAGGUUCAUCAGGAAUCUUGAUGAGGAGGUUGAAGACCAUUUCUUAGUAAAUGACCUUCACCCUGCCUACAAAGCCCUGAAACAACUGAAUUCUAAGCCCUCUUCAAAGAUGACUUCAGUCUGCUCAGCAUACGGACAGAUCACCUCAGAUCAUAUUGGGGUUCUCAGAUUAUGUUGGGCUGAGUAUUUUGUGUAG